CCCGCCGUUCCUCCCCCCUACCCCCAACCGCGAACUCUUUCUUCUCCCAAAACCCUAAUUCCCAAAUUCCCGAUCAUUAAAACCCUAUGCUUCGCUGGCUCAAGGCAAAUGCUAUUAAAAAUUCGUGAAUUCUACCUCUGUAGGGAUCUCAUCUGAAUCCGAUGGAGCGAAUGGAGGCAGAAGGAAUGGAGAUUGCGGUUGGAGGGACAGGCGAUAGGAAGGGAACAGGGAAGAAGGAAGCGAACGAUCUGAGAGAGCGUCUGCUUGUUCUAUUACCCUCUUAACAAAAUCCCGGUGGUAUGUUAUUCUGUUUCAGAGUCCACCAUUCUUUGCUUAAAAAAUGAUUUUCGUGAUUAAAAUUCGCUUCUUUGUUUCAUUUGCACAAUCCAGCGCCACAAAAGUAGACCCAAGAAUAUUUUUUUUAUUUUAAAUAUUCUUGAAUGCAAAAUUAUUAAAAGAUGAUACUCGAGCUGCCUUGCUACUAUACUGAAUAAGGGCUGGUUUUCUCACAUUGCUUUCUAAAAUUCUGAAGAAUGAAGAUUCAAGAGCAGCAAUUUCGAUGGAAGUUGGCAAGAUUACAUAUAUUUUAUGCAAGUUGGGUUUAUAUAUUGUGUUCUUGGCACAAUGAAAAAGGUACUGCAAGUACAUUUUGUUGAUCAGAAAGUUUAGAUUUGUUUGCAUUGUAGGAUACUUCUCAUGCAAUGCAGAAGUGUGACCUUUGCCUGCCUUGAAAGCUAUAAGUUUUUGUUAUUUAUUCUAGUAACCAUGGAAUAUCUAGAACAGUUAACACACUGUAAUUCCGAGUCCAAUCAUAUGCUCUCCUUUUGUUUCACUAUAUGACCCUGAGCCAUCUUGCAUCAAUUUUCUCAAGUAGGAACGCAUUGGAUUUUUUUUUUCUUUUAUUAACUUUCCAAUUGGUCAGAUCCCUGCUGUUUCUCCCACCUGCUAACAUGGUGCUCCCUUCAUUUGGUAUCAUCUGUUGUCCCUUCAUUAAGAAAGUCUGAUUUCGAAAAAUUAGUUUUAUGGUCUUAUGUCAAACAACUAAAUCAACAGAAAAACUACUGCUUUUCAAAUCUAAAAAUUUGCCUGGUUUACAAAAAAAAAAAAAAAAAAAAAAAAAGCGGUGAUUUUAUUGCUUCAUUUGCUGUUUUAAUAAAUAUAAUAAUAUAUACACAUACAUAAUAUUCUUAUUUAAAUCUUUAAAUUUUGACAGGACUAUCUGAUUCUUUUCUGCUGUGAGUUCUUGGAUCCAAUUGCCAUGUUAAAUUUUGUGCCCACCCCAUCCCCCUUUUUUAUGAUGUUCAUUUUUGUUCGCAUCUGACAUCACUGUAAUGUUUAAUAUUUGCAAGCAGGGGCUUUCCCAAAAAUAUUCUGUUGAUGUAACUAGGUACAAGGAAUUCUUAAAUAUUAUAUCUGCUGGCAGGAAGCACAAGUGCAUAUUUUUAAAGCUGGCAUGCAGGAAUAUAGUAAAGCUCCAGAUCAUUGACCUCUUCUUCCUGAAAACCAUGGGCAUCUUGGUUUUAAUGUGUAUCUUAUUGUUUCGAGUUGGUCUUGUUAACCAAUUAGAAAAAUCUAAACUGAUACCCAUGCAUAACUGAAUUUAGGAACAAAAUAUGAAUGCGAGCACUUCAUUGUCCUCGUCCUCCGAGCCUGCUUCUGGUGAUUUGUCCAAAUUAACUGAUUCAAGGCAUAUAUGUUACGUGGAUAGUUUAGAGCCUAGGUUUUUGCUGCUGUAUAUUGCUCUAUCAUACAGUCACAUGGUGCAAGAAUAUGGAAGCAAGAUGAUGGAGUUAUCAAAUAAAAUUGUGGCUGUUCUUUUGAAAUGUUUGGGUGAUGGACUUGAGUUCAAAUACUUCGGUGACUUCAGUCUGUGUCAUGGAUAUUUAAGGAUUAACAACUACACCCCACCUGAGCACAUCGAAACAGAAGAUGUUGAAGGACUUGGAAUGCACACAGACAUGAGCUGUAUAACAAUCUUGUAUCAAGAUGCAAUUGGUGGACUUCAGAUGAGGUCAAAAGAAGGUGAUUGGGUGGACUUGUUACCAAAUGAAGAUGCAUUAGUGGUGAAUAUUGGAGACCUGUUGCAGGCUUGGAGCAAUGGGCGACUAAGAUCAUCCAAACACAGGGUCGUCUUGAAACAGCCUGUCAACCGCCUAUCUGUGGCUUUUUUCUGGUGUUUUGAGGAUGAGAAGGUGAUAUUGGCUCCUGAAGAUGUGGUGGGAGAGGGGAACCACAGAAUCUAUAAACCAUUUGUUUGCCUUGAUUACAUAAAGUUUAGGGAGAACACUGAGGAAGGGAGAUUCGACAGGGUUGGCAACAACGUCAAUGGCUUCGCUGCAAUCAGUGCUUUGAAUUGUGAUGAGAAUAUGUCAACAUGAAGCUACAAGAUGUUCAUUUAACGUUCAUUUGCUUGUGAAUUUUUUCGAUGUAUAAGGUUAUGUGACAUAAUAGUUGUGAAAUUAUGAUGGUUGUAUGAUUGAAAUUUACUGAAACAAAAGGCGAGUUGAGAGAUGCAUACUUUUUU